AUGAAAUCUUCAUGGCUACUUCAUCAAUACUAUGUUCCAAAAACCAUUGCAUUCAGACUUGAAUCUCAUCUUCAUAUCCACACUGUGUGUUGCAUUGCUACUUCAACUAAUCACAACUCAUCGAAUUCAAGUCCCUAUCACAACCCAUCUGAACAAUCAACUUUGUCAUGGAAAAUAUUUUGCAAGGCAGAUCUACCAUCACUAUCUAAAAAACAUAUUAAUCAAUUGCUUGUAACUAUUUCAAAGCAUCCUUCUAUACCCAUUGCUACUUCUCGAAUGCUUCAGGCUAUUAAACUCUUGGCUUCAAAUGGCAUCCCUAUACCUCAGUACUACCUUACAACCCUCUUUUUAAACAUCAGAUCUAUGCAUACCAAAGAUCUUUUUAUAACUCUUCAGUAUUUAGAUAUGUUGAAAUUGCUAUACACCCAGUACUCCCAUCUAUGCAAUAUCCAGCUAACACAGCGUGACCUUAAUGUGCUCACUUUAAUUGGCAAAGAUUCUCAAGAUGAACGCAUUAUAGCCGCAGUACAAAGCAUUGGACUUUCGAUUGGCAGUGAACCUUUAUUCAGUAAAAAAAUCAUGGAUCUUGUACUACGCCAUAUAACUGUUAAAGAUUUAGCUGGUGCCCGUAAAAUUCUUGACAACGCUGGACCAAGUCAAGAUCCAAAUAUACUGUCUACCACUGCGCUUUUUCUUGCACGUUCGGGAGAUUCUAUUUCUGCAGAUCUACUCGUUCGUCAAUGCGUGGAUAGUAAUGUCAAGCUUCAAGAUAUAGUGUUUAUUCAUGUUUUUGUCGGGCAUUUGGAGAGUAAAAACUAUGAGCUUGCACGACUGUGGAUGACUUGGAUCCCAACGGUGCACCAAAACGUAUUUGUUGAUGUCUGGUCAUUGUGGAUCCGAAAAAUGUUUCAAAUCUCCAUUAAUCAUUUCCAGGAUAUUCUUGUUCAAGUAGAUUUGCUUUUGCAAGACCCAGAAUUCAAGCCGCAUGACAAGUUUUUAUUCAAUGUUGUGUUUGGACUGAUGUCUGUUGGCGACAUCACUUCUGCCUUCAAGUAUUUUGAUACCAUUCGACUCAAAGGUGACUUUGUUCCUAGUACUGACUCCAGGUCUGUCAUUCAGGCAUGUCUGAUUUUGAGCGACACUUUAUCCGACCAAUUGCAUUCGACAGAAGAGCUUAUUCGUUUUUCCACAGAUCGCAACAACUUUAAAUGUACGAGUAUUCUCAUACAUGCAUUCCUAAAAGUACAUCAGAUUGAAAACGCACUCUAUAUUUAUGAUCUCAUGGUUAAAAGUCGAGAACUGGGCGGGCUAGGAUAUCGACCUCGAGCAGAUGUGAUGCAUAUGUUUCUUUGCUAUUACUAUCAACGUCGUGAAAUCUCAAAUGCCUUUCAAUUUUACAAACGUGCUCUUGCUGAUGGUGCAUUUCCAAACGGACGGGUUAUCAAGAUCUUACUAGAACUCUCUCGUAAUGAAAUAACUAUUAUUGAAAACAUUUGGCAGGAUUUUAUUUCCAAAUCCAGUGCCUCAUCUUAUCACCCGCUCCCAAAAGCAUUUUAUCAAUUCACAGACACACAGUUGAUGUCUGUCGCGGCAAAAACUUCUACCCAUGGCGACAAACAUGACGAUGCACAGUUGACUCGUGCAUUUAGUCAUCUUUUGUUGCAAAAAUCUGCUCCGGGGUCUAACCGUUUUCAAGAAAAAAUAUCUACACCUUUAAUCAUCAAAGAAAACAAGACUUCUGACAUCUCUUUGGGUAUUGCAACACCCAACAUUUCUAAAAUGUCUAGAUCUGAUGACGGCGUUUUAAAUGAUAUAGAAUGGGAUGAGGAUUCUACCACUUCAACUAUGCCGCAUUUCCAUGAUUCAAAUUCCACGACAACUUUUGAACAGCCCAGGUAUCCUGAUCUAAGUGAACAGCACUAUCAUCAGAUGCUUGUAGCAUUUCUUCGGCACAACCUCUACGCAGAAGCGCAAGCAUUGCUGAAAGAUAUGCACGUUCGUAUCAGAGAAGCAUCUUGGUUUAUACUGAUUCCCUUGGCUCAAUCCAAAUAUGCCUUGGGAGACUACGAAGCAUGUUUGAGUAUUAUUGAAAUGGCACGACUAUCCACUUCGCAUCGACCCAUACAGUUGCUUCGUCUCGAGUUAAAAGCCUGUUGCGCAGCAAAGAACACAAUACAGGCUGAAACUAUAUUUAAUGAAAUGAUUGAAAUGCGUAUUCUGCCGUUUCUGGAGGCAUUUGAACAGCUUGCUACUGCGUAUAGCUUUCAAGGCAAAGCGCUAGAUGCGUGUCGAUUGUGGAUAUGCGCAAAGGCUCUUGGUUAUCGAACCGUUGAGAUUGAAAAGUGUAUACAUCAGUUAUGGGAUUUACAUGGCAACGCGCUGGGCGGAACGUUGGAAGAAUGGAUCGAGGUGUGUAGAAAGGAUCCAGAAACUAUUGCGCUAUGUAAAAGAUGUUUAAAUAUCAUGAACAAGCCUAAACCGAUUGCUUCUUCAAGACAACUAGCGAUUGAUAGCUUAUCUGCUGUUCAGGCAACAGCGGUCUGCUUGAUGCUAUCAAAACGAUUCCAAAACACAGGCGGAGUUUCUACAACCAAAAUAUAUCCUCUCUGUAUCCCAUUGUUACCACGUUGA